GUAGAGGUUUGGAGAAAGGCGCACAGAGUGUUGAGUGUUCUGGCUGUGUGUGUGAGUUAGGCCGACCACUUCAAGCAUUAACCGAACGGGCACGUGGUGCAUGAUCACAAAUGACCACGGCUACCUGGGCAGGCAGACUUCAAAUAGCACAGGUGAGGAGGAACUGACAUAAACAAACUGCAGGGCAGCGCCUUUUUUCGCAUUGAAAGAGAACUGAAAACUUCUGUGGUUAGUUUUCAUCGGUCCCGCCUGCGUGACAAGAUGCCUCGGCCAGGCAGAAACAGUUACAAUGACCAGAAACCACCGUAUUCUUACAUCGCUUUGACAGCUAUGGCCAUCCAGAGUUCGCCAGAAAAGAUGUUGCCUCUUAAUGACAUUUACAAAUUUAUCAUGGACAGAUUUCCCUUCUACAGGGAAAAUACGCAAAGAUGGCAGAACUCUCUGCGUCAUAACCUCUCAUUCAAUGACUGUUUCAUUAAAAUCCCUCGGCGUCCUGACAGACCCGGAAAGGGUAGUUACUGGGCACUUCAUCCCAUGUGUGGGGAUAUGUUCGAGAAUGGCAGUUUCUUGCGGAGGAGGAAGCGGUUCAAAACGAUGAGAGCACUUCAGCAAGCUAUCGCACAGCACAAUCUACAGAGCCAGCUUAACAAACACAACUUAGAAUCUGCCGCCUAUUUGGAACAUGCGGCCAAACUUCAUCUCCAGUCCAUAGUGUCCGGAACUAGUCCUGUCCAUUCAUUUACCUCGCUGUCGGGCCGCGGUAACACGACGAGAACGAAACAACCGUUCACCAUUGAGAACAUCAUCGCGCCUGACCAGAAGACUUCUCCGAUGGUGCCCAAACCUAUGUUACCUACCCAGCUGCCCGCGUUCGCGUCUCAGUUCACGGCGGCAAUAUCGACACCUCCUCUACCCCCGGAAUACUCCACCGUAGCUACCUUGAACAGUUUACGGAACUCCAUGUAUGAGAGAAGUUUACGGGCAGAGAUGGAGGAGAGCAGCACCAACCACGGCAAGUCAUCCGGUGACAACCCCUUACCCGGUCAUACCUUCCCUCUCCCCAUCAAACCAGCACCUCUACCCCCCAUCUCACUGUCGUUCGCACAGCCUCAUCUUCACACGCUACAUGGUGUAUCUUUGUCCCUGAAUCCCGGGAUAGCUAAGACUUUGCUGGCGGAUAGAAGCUAUAUCACGGAUCUGCAUGAAGCCAGUUUGAACACGAUGCGAACAUUAGGGGGACCGAGACCUCCCGUGUUGUCGGCCUCCAGUUAACUGAACAGAAGUGUGAUUCUGGAGGUAGACAAAUUAACCCUUAAAAUGUUCACUGAGAGUGGACAAUCAAACUGUAUUAAUUUACUGAAAGUUUUAAUUGAUGAGGAGGGUGAGAAGCCAUGGAAGAUAGUUUCUUGUAAGUGUUCAUAAAAUGGACGAAAUUUGAACUGGAAAACACAAUUAAUUCACUUAAAUUUCUAUUAAACUGAUGUGAAAACAAAUUUCUGUGUGGCUGAUUACUGUUGACUAUCUCAGGCAGAGACUGUUUUCUGCGGCAAUCCAUCGACACGAUCGACUUUCAUUCUUUAGACACCACUGUUUCUUUUUUUCUUUUUUUUUAAAUCUUCCAUAGUGGUGAUUAUUCUGCCUAAGCAGAAUUUAUAAAGCGAUGUCAAUAACUUGUACCACAUUUCUCUUGCCAUCGGUGAACAUGUACUGACUCGGAAAAAUAGGACCUUGUCGAAAAGCGUUAUUAAGACGAUGCGUAGUAAUCUCUUUUCGUUCUGCAUUCUUCUCAC